AUGUCGCGACCAGUGAUCAAGUUGGACGACAAAAUCGACCAGGAGCAGACCCUGGGAACGCUCAUUGUCGUUAUCCUGAAAGCGCGGAAUUUGCACGACAAGCAUACGUUCCGCAAGCAGGACGUCUUCGGGCAGGCUACUCUCAAUGGCAUCGAGAAACGCACUCAGGUCGACAUCAAAGGCGGCCAGCACCCUGUGUGGGAUAGUGAACUCCGAUUUACCAUUAUGAAAAGUACCGCCGCAAAGCACCGCAAGCUCGAAGUAGCUUGCUAUGCCAAAGAACCACGGGAGGACGAUCUCCUUGGGAAGUGCGUUGUUGACAUCUCUGAGACUGUGAGGACGGGGGAAUUCGAUGAUUGGGUAGGACUAGAGGUAGAAGGCUCCAAGAGGGGUGAAGUCUACCUCGAGAUGACCUAUUUUUCCAACGCACCGCCGCCUGUCUCCCAAGGAGCACCAAACAACAAGCACCUCACCCAAGUACUGAGCGCCAAUUCCAAUAAUCUCCAGCGCCGCCCUUCAAAGCUCUCGCCUGCCGACCGCCUCUCGCGUCCCGUACAACAAAGUCCUCCUGCUGGUCGUCCUGGCUAUGUACCUCCUGGCCCCUCGAAACUCGCCGGAUCGCCGCCGUACACGCCGCCCACACAACCGCACCAGCAACUGCCACCAGUCAAUCAGAGCGCUGGGUUGCCUGCGAGCUUGGCCCCGUCGCGCCCGAACGGUGCAUCUCCUAAAGGACGGAAUGAUACCCUGCCCAGUUUGCCUCCGCAGGCGCAAGCUCAAGGGUCGGCGCCGUUCCCAUCUAUUCUGCGUCCUGGCCCAGGUGGGCCGUCGGUGCCACAAAAUAUACCUCGACCUCAGCAAUACGGGCACCAUCGACACCCUUCGGCUUCUCCGCCAUCGACGCCGGGAUAUUAUACACCUCAGGCAGGGACGUCGCCCCAAGCAUCGAAUCCUUACAUCGGAGGAGGUGGGCGCAGUGGAGGUAGCACACCUGCUCCUGGGAUGGCACAGGGCCCUACCUAUACGCCCCAUCCGGCAUCACACCAUCAACAUACACUACCGCCAGCGUCAGUACCACCGCAAAACCCGUACGUAUAUACGGCUUCGCCACCGCCUCCAGCAGCUGCUCCGCUUCUCUGGCAGGACACGCCCGCGCCCGCUCCAGGACCCAGUGGCGGUUUCUCCUUCCCAGUACCCAUCAUUCCAGCAGGAGGACCUUUGUACAGCAGCCCACCUUCUGGACCUUCAGGGUACAACGGAUAUGGCGGCUAUCCACCGUUAAGUCGGAUGGGAGACGAUCGCUCACGCGAAGAGCUGAAUCCCCAUUUGCAAACCAGAUAUCAAUCGCCGCUGCCUUUACCUCCUGGUGCGGAAGCCCGGCCAGCACCCGCACCGGCAGCCACGCUCGCACCACCAGAGACACCUCCGCCUGCAUGGUCACCUGCAACACCUCCCAAAGACGACAUCCUAGAUCGCCGGCGUGAAGCCGAGCUGGCUGCUGAGAGAAAUCGACGGGAGGAAGAGGAGAAUAAGGAACGAAGAGAGCGUGAAAGGAGAGAGGAGGAGCGAAGAGAACGUGAAAGGAAGGAAAAGGAGAAAAGGGAUAACGAAGCCAUAGAGCGUGCGGAGAGGCUACGGAAACAGGAGGAAUAUGACAAGCAGGUGGCGAGGAAGCGUGAGCAGGAGAAGAGGGAUCUAGAGUUGGCGAUGCAGCUGGAUCGCGAGUUGAAUCUGGAGGAGGUUGCGCGUAUGGGGAGCGGAACGUCGAGGACGACGGCGUCAAUGCCAGGACAGUGGUAG